CCAUGGCGGCCCGGGUUGUUGACGGAAGUCACUGAUACGCUCGGAAGAAAAUAGUCACAUGUCUGUACGACUGAAGAUAUGGAAUUUAUCUGACGAGUUGUGUGACAAAGUACCAUGGAGGAAGUAGAAGUGACAGUUCACAGCAGACUGCCCGAGGGGGAACCACAGGGGACAUUUCACGUGGUUUUAGGGGAAACGUCUUCUGUCAGCCUUCUGAUUCGUAAAAUUUGUCAUGAUAAUGCUAUUCCACUGAAGAGUUCUUACGUGUUGCGGGACAAAAAUGGAUCUGACAUACGAUGGUCAACAUCAGUUCAGGAAAAUGUAAUGGCGAAUGGGAAAGAAUUUUAUCUGUGGGAUACUGCUGAGGAGGUGAAGACUUCUGGGCAGAAAUGUAGCUGUAACAUUUGGUGGUUCAUUGGUGGAUUAAGUUUGUUCAUUGGAGGCGUUGGUCUUGUUGCCAUUAUUGUCAUGUUUCUGCAAAACGGGAAAACUGAAUAUGAGUAUGGUGUAGUGAUGGACGCUGGAUCCAGCCACACAACAUUGUACAUUUAUAAAUGGUCCGGUGAGAAAUACAAAGACACAGCUCGUGCUGUACAAGUUAACACUCCCUGUAAAGUUGAAGGGCCGUCUAUAUCAACCUAUGUUAGUAAUCCUCAGGCCCUUGCCAAGCCUUUGGAAGCAUGUUUAGAGAAUGCUAAAGAUACAGUACCUGCGGACAAACAUUCAUCCACGCCCAUCUACCUAGGAGCCACGGCGGGCAUGCGACUCCUUCAUGCCGUCAACAGCAGUCAGAGUGAUGCCAUUUUGUCUGUUGUCCGAAGUACUAUAAAGAAAUACCCAUUCAUGUUUAAAAACAAGACACAACAGGCUCGUAUAAUCUCUGGGGAGGAGGAGGGACUUUUCUCCUGGGUGACAAGUAACUAUGUCACCGGAUCGUUUGGUGUGAAAAAGCCGACUUUACAAGGAAUAGAUAACUCAUGGCAGAUGUCUGCCACGGGAGACGGAACUGUAGGGGCCAUGGACCUAGGUGGCGCUUCUACCCAGAUGACCUUUUAUCCUGGUCAGAUUUCCAUGCCUCCCUCGUACGAACAAGACCUGAUGCUGUACGGGAUGAAUUACUCCGUGUACACUCACAGUUACCUGUGCUAUGGAGUUAAUGAGAUUACAAGGAAGUACCGUGCCCUUCUCAUCAAGAACCAGAACUACAGUGAGACGGUGACCAACCCCUGUGGCCCACUGGGUAAAAACAUCACUGUCUCCUACGUGGAUGUGUUUGAGGCACCUUGUACCAGCGACUCGAGACCAUCAGGCAUAGACAGAAAUACAACCUAUGUGUUUGAGGGACGGAGUGACGAUUUAUCAUGUCACAUGGCAGUCCAACAGCUCUUUAACUUAACAGACAUCUGUCCUCAUCCUCCAUGUACAUUUAACGGUACCUACCAACCGAAGGUGUACGGUAAAUACUAUGCAUUUUCCAACUUUUUCUAUGAGAUGGAGUUCCUGAACCUGACCUCCCCUAAGAUGUCACCAGAGACCAAGUUGUCUGACGUGGUGGCAGCUGUUGGUACCUUGUGUGAAAAACCAUGGAGUGAGGUACAGUACAUGAAGACUGACAUAAAAUCCCUCCUGCCCGAGUUCUGCUUUAGAGGGCGCUACAUUCUCACACUUCUCAAUGAGAUUUAUAAGUUUGAUGAUGUUGACGGAUCGUGGCAGAAAAUCAGCUUCGUGAAGGAUUUGGACGGUACGGAGAUCGGCUGGAGCCUUGGGUACAUGAUAUCAGAGAGCGUUCAUCUCUCUGCGGUUACUCCGACCACAGUUCUCAGUCUAGUUACAUUCGUCCUUCUUGUCAUCCUUUUCUGCGUCUUUCUCUGUAUCUCCAUAGGCUUUGCCCUACAUGCCAUCAAAAGACGAAAAUUCGGAUCAUUGGGCAAAUAUGAUCAAUUGUCUAAUGCAACAAGUGCUAGCUAUGGGACUCUGUAGUAUUAGGUAUGGGGAGAAUGAAUGCUUAUUUGGUAAAUAAGCUGUGAAAAAGCUCAAGUUACUGUCAUUGAAAUUAGGGGUUAUUGUGUCCAUCUGUUUGUAGAUGGAAGUACAACUCAUACGGAACCAUACAAAUUAAUAUUGCUCCAGCUACUUCGGGGAAAACCUUGUAACCAUGUCUUGUUCUAUUUUAUUUACCAUUUACAUAGAUUUUAUGUCCUGGGCAGUUAUAUCAAAUAUUUGUACAGACCUGUACCGGGGUUGUUCUACAAUGUCUUCACUCAUCAACCUUAAGGAGUAACAUUCUUGAUUUUUCCCCUAUAUUUAGACCUGAAUUACCAGUAAAACUUAUCUUUACAUGAUCAAUAUUUGUUUUUUUGUUGUGUUUUUGGGAACAUUGCUACUUCAGCUAAAUUUUUUUUCUUGAUACAAAUUUUGGGGGGCAAAGGUAAAGUUAAUCUUUAGGUUACAGGUUAAAAACAAAGGCUUAUUAGAGUAUUAGUCUUUCAGUUGAAAGUGUUACGUGAUUAUAUCCGUAUCAUCAAUAUCAGCAUAUAACAUUUGUUGUCUUAUUUGUGAUGGAAGAUGUUGGGACAAUGAGAACCCUGUCUGACAAUUACAGAGUUGGAUAAUCAUAGAUUUGUAUACCUCAGCUGAUUAACAUCCAUUGAAAUAAAUAGCCAACUUGCCCAAGGGACCAAAAGAUAAAUGUGAUGGAUAGCCAUGUUGUUGACAUUUCCUGCUAUGAUUGAUAGCAGUAUGCUAGUCUUCCUACUAUUAACCAGGGCUCAAAGUUUUACCAGGUGGCCUAUUUGGCUACCAAGUCAUUAAAUCUAGGUGUCAACUGGAAAAGUUAGUCGCUUGGCCUAUUUCUCUUUAAAUUAAAAAAAAAAUUUUUUAUUCUUAGAUCAGUAUGAUAUCUCUCUGUAACUAUUGGUUUCCUGGUUUCAAAUGUGUUAUGUAGAAGUGUGAUACACCAUUUAGUUAUAAUACUCCCCGUGACGUGGUGCUGUAUAUAUCUGUGUUAUGUAGAGGUGAGAUACACCAUUUAGUGUAUAGUACUCCCCGUGACACGGUGCUGUAUAUAUCUGUGUUAUGUAGAAGUGUGAUACACCAUUUAGUGUAUAGUACUCCCCAUGACAUGGUGCUGUAUAUAUCUGUGUUAUGUAGAAGUGAGAUACACCAUUUAGUGUAUAAUACUCCCCGUGACACGGUGCUGUAUAUAUCUGUGUUACGUAGAGGUCCCCGUGACACGGUGCUGUAUAUAUCUGUGUUACGUAGAAGUGAGAUACACCAUUUAGUGUAUAGUACUCCCCGUGACAUGGUGCUGUACAUAUCUGUGUUAUGUAGAUACACCAUUUAGUGUAUAGUACUCCCCGUGACACGGUGCUGUAUAUAUCUGUGUUAUGUAGAUACACCAUUUAGUGUAUAGUACUCCCCGUGACAUGGUGCUGUAUAUAUCUGUGUUAUGUAGAAGUGAGAUACACCAUUUAGUGUAUAGUACUCCCUGUGACACGGUGCUGUAUAUAUCUGUGUUAUGUAGAAGUGAGAUACACCAUUUAGUGUAUAAUACUCCCCGUGACACGGUGCUGUAUAUAUCUGUGUUAUGUAGAAGUGAGAUACACCAUUUAGUGUAUAGUACUCCCCGUGACACGGUGCUGUAUAUAUCUGUGUUAUGUAGAAGUGAGAUACACCAUUUAGUGUAUAGUACUCCCCGUGACACGGUGCUGUAUAUAUCUGUGUUACGUAGAAGUGAGAUACACCAUUUAGUGUAUAGUACUCCCCGUGACACGGUGCUGUAUAUAUCUGUGUUAUGUAGAAGUGAGAUACACCAUUUAGUGUAUAGUACUCCCCAUGACACGGUGCUGUAUAUAUCUGUUAUGUGUUAGUUUGGAUGCUGUGUUUGGUAUAAUAAGUAGGUUUUUUGUUAUACAGGUGUAUUUGGUGAAUGAUAACUGAGGAUGCUUUAUUUCCAAUCCGUUCAAAUGAUUUGAUAUUUAAAAUUUCUGUUGAUAGAUUGGAACUAAUUGAAUCUUACAUUGGCCUGUAUUAUCAAUAGAGAUAUCUCAACCCAAGUUUAAGAGUUUGACUGGCACAAGGGUUGCCGAGUAGUCAACCAGUACUAGCAUACCAAACUCUUACACAAGGUUUGAGUUAUCCCUGUCCACAGUACAGGCCUGUGUUUGAUUAUCUUUCUCACAUUAAAUU